UUAACAGAAAAAAGGUAUGUGUGUUUCAACCAGUUUUUGUCUAGCUUUCAUCUUUGUUCUCUGUCUUUCCAUUUAGCUGAAAAACCUAGAGGGCUGUCAAACGAUUUGAAAAUCAUAUAAAUCAUGGAUGCACACUCCAGAAGCACUGGCCAAGCAUUUUAUAGCAUACAAUGCCAAGUUUCUGGGGAACACAGAAGUUGAUCAACCCAAAGGUACAGAGGUGGUGAGAGAUGCCGUCAGAAAGCUCAAGUUUCAGAGACACAUUAAGAAGUCAGAGGGACAGAAUCCCAAAGUGGAAUUACAGAUCUCCAUCUACGGAGUGAAAAUAUUAGAUCCUAAAUCAAAAGAAGUACAAUACAACUGUCAGUUGCACCGGAUAUCCUUCUGUGCAGAUGAUAAGACAGACAAAAGGAUAUUUACAUUCAUUUGUAAAGAUUCAGAAUCCAACAAACAUCUAUGCUAUGUGUUUGACAGUGAAAAAUGUGCAGAAGAGAUAACUUUGACCAUCGGCCAAGCGUUUGACUUGGCAUACAAAGAAGUUUUGGAAUCGGGGAAAGACGUAGAGACAAGAAAACAGAUAGGUGGCCUGCAGAAAAGAAUUCAAGAUCUUGAAGCUGAAAAUUCUGAGUUGAAGAAGCAUUUGCAAGUUUUGGAGGAACAGCUGAUGAUUGCUCAAGUUCCUCCUCUUCUUCACAUUAACUCUUCUAACGAGGCCUAUAUGCUUCAGAGACCCUCAUCUCUCUUCUGGUGUCACAACGUGACCUCGUUCUCUUGCCAAAUCUCUUCUGUUACACUAACGCCAAUGAGCUCGCUUGACUCUAACCUUUCUGCUGGUCUUCUGACUCCUCCACCUGCUAAACCAGCUUUGUCAAAGCCUCCCAGUGGAGCCAGUGUUCCCUCGCCCUCCUGUUAA